AUGCCAAUUUCACAAGAGUCUAGCGAACAGCACGUGGGGCCUGGCGAGAGCGUGUUCGCUCAGCAGGCGAGCCCGAUCACGGAAUCGCUGCAGCCACUCUCCUCUGAAGGCCAGCACCUUCCUCACCAUAGCUCAAGAUUGCCUCAAGACGCUCACCAGGAGCCUGGUAUCGUUCGCGAAUCUCCCUCGAAUUCCUCCAUUCCGAGUAGCAUCGAGAGACAUGACGCUUUCAAGUUGAUAGCUGAGACGCUUUACUGGCAGGUCAAGCGCCAGCGCCUCUUUGCAGAGACGGCUUUGGUUGCCAACGGUGUUGCGAUCCGCACAGGGAAAGCCGACUACGUCCAUUUCCCAAGCCAAGAUCCUCGUCUCGAAGCUUGGGUCAAUGCACUUCACGGACUCAACUGCGAGGCCGCUUUUACCUUGACUUCCAGCGUCGCAGCUGGCAUCACGGGCAGUCUGGCUCCAGGCACGCUCGAGGUCUGCCUUACCGGUGAAGAUCGAGUACAGGUAGUUGAAACGGUACACGGCCUCUCGAGGGCUCGAAAAGCUCAGGGUGCCUGCUUUGUUCGUGCGCAACGCUGCUUGAUCGUUUGGGCUGACGAUGUCAAAGACCUCGUCGAAGCAGGUAUGCUGCUUGAAGAGAAGAUGGUAAACUACAUCUGGGAGCACACCAAGCAGAUCAGCAGUGCAGGCAGCCUGCCGAAUCUCCCGAUUUCAACUUCCAAUUCGUCCGCAAACUUCAACGCGUCGAGCGCUUCCAGCGUUGUGGAGAAGGGUGAAGAUACGAUAGACGCUGCACAGGCAAAAGCGGCCGCACCUCGCAGAGCUCGCUUCGCACGGAUCUUUUCCACCACUCGCAUCGCACCCUCGCGCGAUGACCCUAAGAAGGAGAAGGAUGAUGAUCGCCAUGAUGAGAAAGGAUUCUCUGGUGAAGACCUUGUGGAACAGCUGGAGUCCGGAGAACCUCAGCUGGAAGAGGGUCGCAGCGUCAAUAUGUUUGCGCCACUCUACACCGGUCUGAGCUUGGGACUCAACAUUUUUCUCUCUGGCCUCCUAAUCAGGCGUCUGGUGAUCGAGAGCUUGCUGGAUGGUCGAUGGAUCCGCAUGACCAUUACGCUGGCCGUGCCUUUCAUCAUGUGCAUUAUCCAAUUCUUCUGCGAGAGCGUCAUCUCGGUCAUCGUUCAAAUGUUUCUGCCCGUCUCGCAGCUUCAUCGCAAUAGUCUCUACUUCAGCGGAAAGCGAAGCGCUCGUCUGCCUGCUGGCAGAGCCCUUCCCCACUUCACCGUCGCCAUGCCCGUUUACAAGGAGGGACUCGAUUCGGUUCUGGCACCUACCAUCGAGAGUGUCAAGAAAGCGAUUGCUGUCUACGAGCUCCAAGGAGGAACUGCCAACAUCUUUGUGUCUGAAGAUGGCAUGCAGCUCUUGCCUCGCGCGGAGCAAGACAAUCGCCGAGACUACUACGACCGGAACAACGUUGCUUGGGUAGCACGUCCUGGUCACGGCAAGAAGGGCUACGUUCGUAAAGGGCGUUUUAAGAAAGCCUCCAACCUCAACUUCUCCUGGAGUCUCUCCCUGAAAGUGGAGGAGAUCAUGGACGAGCUGCGCCCUGACCUCAUGGCCUCAAAGGGCUGCAACGAAAGUUCGUGGUGCGAGGACGACGAAAAGGCCCUCUAUGAUGAAGCUUUCAAGCAGGCUGUCGCUUCCACCGACGGUCAGGCUUGGGCAGCAGGUGACAUCCGAAUCGGUUCCUACAUCCUUCUUAUCGAUAGUGAUACAAGGGUGCCCUCGGACUGCUUCAUGGACGCUGCGUGCGAGCUGGAACGAUCGCCAGAGAUUGGAGCGCUGCAGCACUGCUCGGGUGUCAUGUACGUUGCGGAUCACUACUUUGAGCGCAUGAUCGGCUACUUUACCAAGAUGGUCAAUCUGAGCAUCUCGUGGUGCGUCGCCAAUGGAUCCAUUGCCCCGCUCGUCGGUCACAACGCAUUCCUUAGAUGGCGAGCCGUCCAGGAGGUCAUCUACCACGAUGUGGAUGGCGAGAGAUGCAUCUGGUCUCAUCAGCAUGUCUCGGAAGACUUCGACAUGGCUUUGCGCCUGCUCAUGAAAGGAUUCCUGGUACGAUGGGCCACGUAUUCGAACGACGAGUUUCUCGAGGGCGUAUCGCUCACCUGCGACGACGAGGUCAACCGAUGGCAGAAGUACGCUUUUGGCUGCUCCGAGCUCGUCUUCAAUCCACUGCGCUACUGGCCCACACGAGGGCCCCUUUCACCCCUCUUUCGCACUUUCCUCUGGUCUAAAUGCUCGACGACGUACAAGGUGAAUGCAUGCUCGUACAUCUUUUCGUACUGGGCUAUCGCAAGUGCUACACCAUUGACGAUGGUCUACUUUUUCGUGCAUGGCUUCUUCUCGCCAACGCUAGAUGGAGCCUUCUUGCCUUCGUUCCAGAGCUGGCUCUCGGUGCUCUUCGUCUUCUGCGUGGGCGGCAUGUUUGGCCAUGUCAUUUUCAAGUUUCGUGCGGGCAAAGCCACACUGCCGCGCGCCAUUCUCGAUCACAUCAAGUGGGUGCCCGCUUUCUCGGUGUUCUUCGCGGGCAUGUCGUACCACGUGCUGCUCGCGCUCAUGGCGCAUAUCACAGGCUACAACAUGACCUGGUCGGCAACGGUCAAGGAUGUGACCGAGUCCAACUUCUGGAAGGAGAUCCCGGCCAUCCUACGCCGCUUCGGGCACUGCUACCUGGUCAUGUUCACCUUUAUGGCUGCUAUGAUCAUCUUUAGCUCGUCUGUGGUGCCUCUGGAAUGGCGCAUCGAAGGAUUCACCGUGCUUUGGCCUGGAAUCGUGUUGAUUUCAUGUCAUGUGCUCUAUCCAAUCGUGCUCAACCCUUGGUUGGUGCGCUUCGAGUUUUAG